GACUGUGAUAGUGGUGUGUGUGUGUAUAGAGUAGAGAAGCCUGUGAUAGUGGUGUGUGUGUAUAUAGAGUAGAGAAGCCUGUGAUAGUGGUGUGUGUGUGUAUAGAGUAGAGAAGCCUUAAUUAUAACCGUCGUUAUAAUUAGCGGCACGUGCGCCAGCAGCAGGGUAAGACGUGUCGGGUAGUUACUGUUCGCUGUCGCGGGUUUUAAGUUCUGACAGAUAAUCCUGGUGCCAGUGAUUUCGAGAAUGCUGCAGUCUCCUCUUAGGCCUCUUGUGUCUCUAUCAGCACUUGCUCUGCUCGGCUGGUGUUGGUACACCUUUAGGAAGAAGAGGAACCUAUGUGAGACAGCUGAGGAAGAAUUGUUUGUUUCCUCUGCUGCUAGAAAGCAAAGUAUGGUGGAGAAUACCUCUGUACAUGGCGCUGCUAUGAAUGGCAGUACACUGGCAGCACAGGAUGCGAAUAUUCAGACACAGCAUAAACCUGAUGCUGAUCAGAAUCUUGACCAUCACUGGUCUCAGCUUAGCAGUACCAUGGAUGACUUCUCAAUCCUGCCUGGCACCUCAGAAGUUGCUAUUCUCACCUCCACUCCUAUUAAACAACUUGUAAAAGGAAUUCGCCCAGAACCAGAAGGGGAGGUUUCCAGAGCUCAAGCGUCUCUGCUUCUGGCUGAGAAGCCAGAAACAGAGCCAGAAAAAGUGGACGAUGCAGAUGAAGGUUACUCGGAUUAUAAAGCGAUCGAGACAGAGUCUUUUGCAGAGCAGCCCACAGGAAUUGUGUGCCCCAACGAACACGGAGUCACAAACGUCUCUGAAAAGCGCAGCGAAAGAAGCCCAAGCUUAAGUGAAGCCGACGUCCCGGUCGUCGAGGUCAGCAACGGCGCUACAGAAGAGAUCACGGCGGUUGGCGGUGGCAUUUUAAAAAGAAAAGGUCAUGCAGAACGAAGGGUGACGCCACAAAGCCAAGAGCAGCCAAAGCUUCAAAAAGAAAUCGACAAGAGUAACAGUUCAGUGGACACUAAGAAAGAUCUUUGUGCACUUUCUAAGACAGUAGAGGAAAAUGUUCCUUUAGAACACAGUCUGAGUGACCCCCCUCCGACAUCGCCAGCAGGGGAGGAUUCGGGUUGUAGCACGUGCCAUUCAGAGGAUGGAGGAGAUGCAGAGAAAACUUUGAGUAAGUCUCCAGCUAUGGAGAAGACGUCAACUAGUGGUUCAGCAGCUUCCGAAAGUUGCCAUGACCUAGCCCGAAAAAAUGAAGAAAACCCGAGACAAAAGUCAGACACCUCUAGAGGUUCUAAUGGAGGACAGCGCGUGAACGGAGAGAGCAGGUUCACAAGUAAUCGAGGCUGUCAAGCUAAGAAUUCGCCUCACACUAUGUGGAAUAUCCAGGUGCCAGCGCAUCUCGUUGGGCGAAUAAUCGGAAAGAAAGGGAAGUACGUUUGCUCUCUCAAGCAAAGUUCUGGCGCGAAGAUCUACGUGUUUACUCUUCCUUACACGUACGAGUUUCAGAUCUGUCGUAUAGAGGGGUCUGAGGUGCAGGUGGAAAAAGCUCUGGCGCUAAUCAGGAAAAAGUUCAAAGAUUUGGAUCUGAGCAACCGGCUGAGCAGUUUACAACCUGCUGCAGUCCAUUCUUUACCCGUCACGUCCUGGCUGCUGCUACCUCAGGAUGGAUCUGUGGAGGUCAUCGUACCACGGGUGGAGGCAGCAAACUACCUGUUUGUUCAGCAGCACACACACCCCACCUAUUACAGCCUGCACACUCUCACAGAGCAGAUGUUCUUCUGCUACAGUCAUUCAGGAUGCCCCAGCCUGCCCACUCCGGUGGAAGCAGGAGUUUUAUGUGCGGCCCCGUCUCCUGAUGGCGCCUGGUGGAGAGCUCAGGUUAUUCAGCAUUAUAAAGACUCCAACACUGUACAGAUCAGAUACGUGGACUACGGAGGCUACGUGACUGUUAACCUCACUUCGGUCAAGCAGAUCAGAUCCGAUUUUGUUUCUCUGCCUUUCCAAGCAUCUGAAGUUUUGCUAGACAACAUCGUGCCUUUGCCAGGACAGGGGAAGUUUUCCGCUGAAGCCAAAGAAGCUCUUGAGGAAGUAGCACGAGGGAUUCCUUUAAUCAUGAAGGUAACUGGAAGCCAGAACGGACUGCCCUUAGUGCACUUGUGGCGACAUAACGAAGAAGAGAUGAUUUCGGUGAAUGGAGUGUUGGUGGAGCGUGGGCUUUGCUCGUGGUUGGACAGCCACUGAUCGUGAAGCCACAGCACUGGUCUACUUCACCUCUCCUCCCUUUAGUCUUCACUCUUCGCUCACCUGGGCUUUGGUGUGCACACAUGCAUUUUCAUCAGUGCUCUUUGUAUUGUGCAAGCAUUCAUGCACUUUACCUUUUUGUUACAUAUGAAAUGAAUGUGACCUUCCCCGAGGGAGGAAAAGAGAAAUAAAAUGUAAAAAAAAAAAAAAAAAGAGGGAAACAAUCUUAAGGUUUGAUUGUAGCACAUUAUGGUACAUGUAUUCAUAUUUCUGUAAAUGUAAAAUUUUAAUUUAUAAAGUUUUGUGGUGCUUUAUUUGUAUAACUGAGGUACAUCUGAAAGUAAAUAUACUAAUUAUAUCUAAUUACUUAUUGACACUGCAAACACCCCCUUUUUUUUUUUUUUUGUUGUUGUUUUGUUUUAAACUUGCACAUCUUUUCCCAUUUUUAUAUAUGGGAGAUCUUAAGUACGAUGUGAAUGUAAUAUGAACUUUUUGCCUUCACACUACUGAUUUAAAGCACAGAUUAAAGAAAGUUAUCUUGCUAAA